CAGGUCGGUGGGUGAGAGAAAUAGCCACAGCGAGGGAGACGACAGGAAGACUCGGGAGGGAAAGACUGAAGAGAGGAAGGGAUAAUGAGAGAAGAAGAAACCCAUUCCAGCUGUGUUUCGAUAACAGAGCCGUGAGAACUUCUUCACAUUGAGGAAUUUUCCACAGCACGCCAAGGGAACACACUUCUGACAUUCUCCUGUCAGCAUUUAUUUACUUUUUCAAAAACAAGAUAUCUAGUUGUACAUGUUGAUGGGACAUAAAUAGCGCCGCAGUUCAUUGGACGAGAAGUCUAUUCCACUGCUUUUGUUGGGUGCUUCAGAAGCCUCUCCUCAGCUUCUCAUUUUGAAGACAAACAUGAGCAACUCGACUCUGCUGGACAGCUUGUUCUUUCCCCCCCUCUGCGAUGGCUGGACCAACAGAACAGAGGGAGCCAUCUACCAUUUGGGCAACACCAUGCUGUUCCUGGGCUACAUGGGGGGCAGCGGGGCCUACGGGGGCCUCUUCAUCUUCGGCUUCCUGACCCCCGCCUUUGGCUGCCUGACCCUGUGGGGCUGGAUGACGAUGUGCGGCCUGGACGUUUUCACCUGGAACCUCCUGCUGCUGCUAGCCUGCCUGGGUCAGAUCUGCCACCUGCUGUACCGGCUGCACCAGGAGGGGAUACGCAGCGAGGACAUGACCUCCCUCUACCAGGCGGUGUACCUGCCGCUGGGCGUGCCCAUCCAGGUGUUCAAGGAUAUCGCGGGCGCCUUUGAGAGCAAAGUGGUGGAGCUGAAAGCAGGAGAGAUGUACGCUGUGGAGGGAAAGACGCCCAUCGACCAGCUCUCCUUUCUGCUGUCUGGGAGGAUUAAUGUAUCUCUGGAGGGUCAGUUCCUGCACUACAUCCACCGCCACCAGUUCCUCGACUCUCCAGAGUGGGAGUCUCUCAGACCAAACGAGGAAGGAAAGUUUCAGGUGACGAUGACAGCAGAAGAAGACUCUCGCUACAUCUCGUGGCGUCGCCGUCGCCUCUACCUCUUGAUGUCGAAGCAUCGCUACAUCGCCCGCGUCUUCUCCGUCAUGCUGGGCUACGACAUCGCCGAGAAGCUCUACAACCUCAACGACAAGCUCUACAUCAAGAGCGGCGUGCUGCUGGACAUCCGCCUGCCCAGCCUCUACCACGUGCUGGCCCCGUCCUCGCAGAGCAGCGAGGGCAGCGACGUCAAGGAGCAUCAUCAGCAUCAGGGCGAAGACCCGGCGCCGGCCUACCAGACCUCAGAUCCCGCCGACUUUCAGCCCAGCCUGCAGGGACCAAGAAACCCCCACCUGGAUGACCCCCAGGCCCCCCUGCACGACCGCUAUCAGAUCCCCUGGGCGUCAGACCCCGAGCUGCCCACCGGUGAGGACUCCACCAGCCUAGUCCUGGAGGAUUUUGCCGAUGUGGCGGGCUCCUUAAUGGAUUAUGGCAGUGAGAGGUCUUAUUUGAGGUAGAGGGGCAGGGGGCUGGAGCUAACACACUGGGUCACCACUUAAGCUACAUGAGGGGAUGGUAACGGAGAUCUUCCACCUCGAUUCCUGAGGGGCAGAGCGCCGCUGGCUCCCACCGACACUCCCAAACUGUGAGAGCAGUUUCUCCUGGAAACACUUUAUCAUCAGCAGCAUAGAUGAGUCUCAUCCUCCUUCACAAGUCCUCACCUCAGUUCACAUUAUCAGGCCUAAACACACAGAAGUUCUGCCUUGUCUCCAUUUCCUUGAUAGCUUAUACCAAUCAAUACUUUUAGAGCUGGUAAUCCUCAGAACAACUAAAUGUUACGGCAACAAUUUGCAAGUUCUUCGUGUCAUCUGGUCAUGAUUUAAAGACUCUGAAGAAGCAUUAAUGCCACCAAAUCUGCCUUAAAAUCUUAGAAGAAAGAGGGACCCAUCACAUGUAAUCAAUUAAAAGUAGAAAUUAUAGAUAUUUCAGCGACGAUAAAUAGUAUACUUUUGUAAAAGCCACGUGAACCAAUAAAAGAACUCAAAGAACAGAACACAUUUUGUCUGUUUUUCACAUUUCUCCAAUUUACAUAAAGGGACAUUUAUUAAAUCUUAAUGACACUUUCAUAUAUGAACCUGAGGACAGAGAGGUGGCCUUCACUUUACCAGCAUAUUAAAUGUAUGAAAUGUUAUAGAAAUGGAGUCUGAUUAUUCUGUUUUCAUCUCACCAACAAUAAUGGUAAGAAGUUGACUGUUCAUCUAUUUUUUUCCACAACUCAUAUUCAGUGUCAUAGAGAAUAAUAUACAGUACUUUUGUGAUGUCCCAUUUUCUGGUAUUUACUGGUUAAAACAACAGUUUGGAAAUAGUCAGCAUGCAUUUCCCAACUCUUUACCUUUUAAAUUAUCUGGAAAAUGUUCAGUUUUGCAUACGGAGAAAAGGCUAAAUAUCCAUUUGGAUUUUUCCUCUGUGUUUAGUUAUUUAUCUGAAGGCACGACAUGAUGCCAAAUUCAUCUGGAGGAAAACCCUAUUUCUUCCAUAGCCGAUAAAAUGCAAUACCUGUCCAUGUUUUGUGGGUUUUUUUGUAACUGAUUGAGUAUUUAAUACACACGUGUAAACUGUGAAUCACAUCAUUUGUCCUGUUAUUGACUUGCAAAAAGAGAUGAACGUUAAAAAGUAUUUUCAUGGGGCCAAGAUAUCUCCAUAAAGCUCUGUGUGUGUGUGCAGUUAAAGUAUACUUUGUUUUGUGACCGUCUGCUGUGUUUGUGAUAUAGGUUUAGGUGCAUGUAAAUGGUCUGCUAAGGCAAAAAAUCCCCAAGUUCCCUCCAUGGGGAAUUUCUCUGAGCAUCAUUAAAGCUAUACAAGAAA